UGAGCUCAGCUGCAGCGAAGAGGGCAUCACCAUGAUAAAACGAGCGGCGGCCGCUGCGAUCGGAGGAGCCCUGGCCGUGGCGGCUGUGCCCGCGGUGCUGGGCGCCGUGGGCUUCACCGGGGCUGGAAUCGCCGCCUCCUCCAUUGCGGCCAAGAUGAUGUCAGCGGCCGCCGUGGCCAAUGGAGGCGGAGUUGCCGCCGGCAGCCUGGUGGCCACGCUCCAGUCCGUGGACCUCAUGGACUGUAGCCCACCAGGCUCCUCUGUCCAUGGGAUUUCUCAGGCAAGAAUACCAGAGUGGGUUGCCAUCUCCUUCUCCAGUGGAUCUUCCCACCAAGAAUCGAACCCCCAUCUGCUGCAUUGGCAGGUUCCUUACCACGGAGCCAGGAGGGAAGCGUGGGCUCUGGGUCUAGCCCUGCCCAAAUCUGACACCUGAGUGGCCUAGGGGCAGCUGGACUCUCCACAUCAUCCAACAUCCUCCUGGGCUCCGUUGGAUCAGUU